AUGCCCAACAUUCGCCUGCCCUCCUCCUACUCCGACCUCAACAGCACCUGGACCACGAUCCGCACCGACCCGCACCCGCCCGAGCCCAGCAUCAUCGUGCUCACGCUGCGGCGCCCGGGCAAGCACAAUGCCUUCACCGACACGAUGCGCGCCGAGAUCGAGGCCGCGUAUGCCAUGUUCGACGUCGACGAGCGCGUCAAGUGCGUGGUUGUGACAGGCGACGGGCGGAUUUUCUGCGCAGGCGCGGAUCUGGAGGUUGGGUUUGGGGAGGGGGCGGGCGCGCAGGGGGGCGAGAGGGUGCGGGAGCAUCGGGACGGCGGCGGCCGCGUGGCGCUCGCCAUCUUCCACUGCCGCAAGCCCACCAUCGGCGCCGUCCAGGGCCCCGCCGUCGGCAUCGGCAUCACCAUGACGCUGCCCAUGACGAUCCGGAUCGCGCACCGCAGCGCGAAGAUCGGGUUUGUGUUUGCGCGCCGCGGCCUCGUCAUGGAAGCCGCGUCGUCGUUUUUCCUGCCGCGGCUGAUCGGGCACUCGCGCGCGCUGCAUGCCGUGACUACGGGCGCCGUGUACCCCGCCGAGCACAAGCUGUUCGACGGCCUGUUCAGCGAGCUGCUGGACGAGCCGGCCGCGGUGCUACCGCGCGCGCUGGAGAUCGCGGCCGAUGUGGUUAAGAACACGAGUGCGGUUAGUACGUAUCUGAUGCGCCAGAUGAUGUACCGCGAUGCGGGGACUGCAGAGGGCCAGCACUUGCUGGACUCGCGGGUUAUCUUCGAGCUGUUUGGGAGCCCGGAUAACACGGAGGGGGUCAAGUCGUUCAUGGAGAAGCGGCAAGCGAGCUUCGUGGGGACGAUGGAUAACACGAAUGUCACGAGCUAUCCGUGGUGGAUGCCCAUCGACACGCUGGGCAGGGCGAAGGUGGAUCCGGCAGGGAAGCCGAAGAUGUGAGGGGUGCAAGGCAACCUAGGAGAGUGAGCAUCAGCAGAACAAGACUUCGCAAUCCAAGCUU